UCAAAUGGAUUUUAUUCAAGAAGUUGCAGUUCUAUUUAAUCAAUUUAUGUUAUUUGUCCAAGUUGCUGACGAGGAUGAUAAUAAUAUUAUUGAAACUGUGAUUUUAAGAAGAAGACAAGACAUUCUUAGGCAGUUAUUACAGCGCCAGCGUUUGAUCUUACAUCGAAUUCACGCAAACAGAACUAUUUAUUACACCGCAUAUGUAGGGACGUGGUUUGCAACGUACCCAGAAAUUCAAUUCAAACGAGAUUUUCGCUUUACAAAAAGAACGUUCCAGCUUCUAGUGGAGAUUGUCAGUCCGCAAAUAUUAACUGACUAUGUGUAUACUGGCCUGCCUGUAACGGAUAAGCUAAUGAUUUUGAUCUGGUGUUUAGCAAACCGUGAAGCCUACCGUGUUUUGUCAAGGCGGUUUGGGAUGAAUCAAGGGACGGUACACUAUGUGGUUAUGAAAACCAUGAAGGUUAUUUAUAAUAUGGCUGACCGCUUCAUAGUAUGGCCGAGAGAAGAAAGAUAUUUAGAGCUCUCAGAAAAUUUUCAAAUUGUAGACAGUCUAGGGGAUAUUGAUGCCACAGAAUUUGAAAUACGACAACCACUAAACCAGCUGCCAUCUUAUACUAGCAGAAAAUGUAAAACAACUAUUAAGCUUCAAAUAGUAUCUACUCAUGAUUUGGAAAUAAUUGACGCUGCGGUUGGAUUUCCUGGAAGUAUAGGCGAUGCAAGAGUUUUGCGUCUCAGUCCCCUCUCUAGAGCAUUAGGUGCUAAACUUGUACGAUCCAACUAUCAUAUUCUCGGAGAUACAGCUUAUCCACUUCGGCAACAUCUGCUCGUUCCUUUUCGCAAUAACCACGAACUAGAAGAUCAUGAAAUGGCCUUCAAUCGAGCUUUUAAGAGGGACCGACAGGUUGUGGAAAGAGCAUUUGGCUUAUUAAAAAUGAAGUGGCGAAGAGUAAAGUUCCUGGAUUACUUCCGAAUGCGGUAUGCACACCGUACGUUAUUGGUUUGUUGUUGUUUCCAUAAUUUCGGUUUGCGCCAUGACAACUGGCUUGACGAUGCCCCAGACGUUGAAUUGGAUGACGAAGAGGAUCCUGAUUACGAGUUUGACGAAGAGAGAGAGACCGAAGAGGGUGUACAAAAAAGACAGUUUAUUGCUGAACAAUUCAUCGUUUAA